AUGAAAGAAGCCAGUGUGAGCACUGUAAUGGGUAGUGCAAAUAUAAUUGAAGGCUCCGGAAGAGCAUAUAUAGUAUUGCCUAUGGGAACAAAAUUCGAAAUUUCUGAUGCGCUAUACUCGCCUAAAUCUAACAGAAAUUUACUGAGUUUCAAAGAUAUUCGCAGAAAUGGAUAUCAUAUUGAAACUAUGAGUGAAGGAGAUGUUGAAUAUCUUCAUAUCACAAGUAAUACCCAAGGCUCUAAAAAGAUUGUGGAAAGACUACCUGCUUUCUCCACUGGAUUGUACCAUACUAAUAUUAGUACAAUCGAAGCAAAUGUUGUAGUAAACCAGAAGUUUACUGAAAACUUUAUCGUUUGGCAUGACCGGUUAGGCCAUCCCGGUACAACAAUGAUGCGAAAGAUAAUCACUAAUUCGUGUGGACAUUCAUUACAGAACCAGAAGAUUCUGCCUAAUGACUUCACAUGUGCUGCUUGUUCACAAGGCAAAUUGAUUAUAAGGCCUUCACCAGCCAAGAUAACCUCAGAAUCAAUCAAUUUUCUGGAACGCAUACAAGGAGAUAUUUGUGGACCGAUUCACCCACCAUGUGGAACCUUUAGAUAUUUUAUGGUUCUAAUUGACGCAUCAACAAGAUGGUCACAUGUAUCCUUGUUAUCAACUCGCAACCUGGCGUUUGCGAGAUUACUUGCUCAGUUGAUUAGACUACGAGCACAUUUUCCAGAUUUCCCUCUAAAGGCAAUUCGACUUGAUAAUGCUGGUGAAUUCACAUCUCAAGCUUUUAAUGAUUAUUGCAUGUCAAUUGGGAUAAGUGUUGAACAUCCUGUAGCUCAUGUUCAUACACAAAAUGGUUUAGCUGAAUCGUUAAUAAAACGUCUCCAAAUGAUUGCUAGACCAUUACUUAUGAGAUCCCAACUCCUGUCUGCUUGGGGACAUGCCAUAUUGCAUGCAGCAACACUAAUUCGCAUCAGGCCAACGAGUAAUCAUAAGUUCUCCCCAUCACAAUUGAUACUGGGUCAAGAGCCAAAUAUAUCCCAUCUCAAAAUUUUUGGAUGUGCCGUAUAUGUCCCGAUUGCUCCACCACAGCGUUCUAAAAUGGGACCCCAGAGAAGGCUGGGUAUAUAUGUUGGAUAUGAUUCUCCAUCAAUCAUUAAGUAUCUAGAGCCAUCCACAGGGGAUCUAUUUAAAGCUCGUUUUGCAGACUGUCAUUUUAAUGAAUCAGUCUUUCCGACAUUAGGGGGAGAAAGACAGCUGGGAAAAGAACUUAGCUGGAAUGAAUUAUCAUUAAAUUAUCUUGAUCCUCGGACUAAAGAAUGUGAAUUAGAAGUCCAAAAGAUAAUUCAUUUACAGAAUUUAGCAAAUCAGUUGCCAGAAGCAUUUGCUGACCCAAAAAGAGUGACUAAGUCACAUAUACCAGCUGAAAAUGCUCCGAUUAGAAUCAAUGUCUCAGAAGGACAUAAUCAAAUUGCUACUGAGUCUAAGGCACGCCAGAAGCGUGGUAGACCUAUUGGUUCCAAAGAUAAAAAUCCUCGAAAAAGAAAAGGAGCAGAAAUUGGCACAAGUGAAAUCGAGGAAACUAUGAAUGAAAAAUCUCCAGAAGAGACUUUACACAUGACAGAAAUUCAGGUACCUGAGAAUGAAGAGAUCUCAACAAAUUAUGUCAUGUCUGGAAUAACAUGGAACCGUAAGCAAAUCGACGUCGAUGAAAUUUUUGCAUACAAUGUAGCAAUUGAUAUUAUGGAUGAGGAUCAUGAACCAACAUCUAUUGCAGAGUGUACACAAAGAAAUGAUUGGCCAAAAUGGAAUGAAGCAAUAGGUGCAGAAAGAACAUCUCUUGGAAAGAGAGAAGUGUUUGGACCAGUAGUCCGUAUACCUAAAGGUGUCAAACCAGUAGGACACAGAUGGAUUUUUGUGAGAAAGAAGAACGAAAAUGGUGAAAUGUGA